AUGCACGAGCUCUGCCAGACCUACUUCGACACCAAGUUCAUCAGGGUCAACGCCGAGCGCACGCCCUUCCUCUGCGAGCGCUUCAACAUCUGGUGCAUUCCCACGGUAAGUGAGUCGGCCGCCAGCCCAGACGACGUGCAGCUCAUGAUCAUCAUCGACGGCAAGACCAACCACAGCGUCAUCGGCUUCGACGAGUUCGGAGGUGACGGUUUCACGCUCGACGAAUUCGCCAGCGUCCUCAACAAGCACGGCAUACUGCCGCCAGACGCCGGAAACGCACGUAGGAAAAACGCUGAAUGA